AUGGACGGUGGUCUCCAGGCCAGACAGACGGCUCCUCCCCAAGGUGCCGGUGCUUUGCCCGCGGUCCCGCCGCCGUUCGAUGCAAACCUCCAGCGCGUUAGCAACUCCGGUGCCAACAGAUUUAUUGCACCUGGCCGAAACGAUGCUAGGGGCCCAUGUCCAGGUCUCAAUGCACUGGCAAACCAUGCAUACUUGCCACGCAAUGGCGUUGCUACUAUCCCACAAUUCCAGUACGCUACCAACAAGGUGUUCGGCAUGGCCCCUGACCUUGCCGCCUUCCUUGCCGUCUACGGUGCUGUCGUUGACGGAACUCUCACACAAUGGAGCAUUGCUGGAACUCCUCACAUCGGUAUCGGUGGCUCGCACGGCAACUACGAAGCCGAUAGCUCUCCCUUGAGAGCAGAUCUGCGUCAGUACGGAAGCAAUACCCGACUCAUCAUGUCGCAAUUCCAGAACCUCUACAACCGCCAGCCUAAUGCCCGGACUGCAAACUACAACCUCGAAGUUCUGAGGUCAUUCCGCGAGCAUCGAUUCAACGAGAGUAUUGCUAAAAACCCUGUCUUCUUUUAUGGCCCCUUUGCUGGCAACAUUGUCACCCAAGCAGCCUUCACUUUCAUCUACCGCUUCAUGUCUAAUAAAUCCGCAGAAUAUCCCGAGGGCAUCCUGAACAAGGACGUCUUGAAGAGCUUCAUAUGGGUGCCAGGAAACGAGAAAAUUCCAAACAACUGGUACAAGCGCCAUCCCACUGACGAGUACUCUAUCCCAUACUUCGCCACAGACGUGUUCUACGUCGUAGAGCGUGAUCCACGAAUUGCCUUGAUCGGCUGCAAUCAGGGCAAAGUCAACACUUAUAAUGCCAUCUCCUCUGAACUGCUCACCAGCGGCGCCUACACCACCGCUCAAGUCCUCGCCAACCCGGUUUGCUUCUCCACCCAGUUCCUCGCUGCUGCGCUGCCGUCCGCCACAGGUCUCUCCGCGACGGUUCUGUCGCCGCUGACCACACUGUUAACGAGUGCUACGGGUGCGUUGGGUGGAUGCCCGGCCAUCCCCAACGCUAACCUGAGUGCGCUUGCAUUCUGCCCGGGCGCGACUGCUUACGGUGGACCUACAGCGUCUGUAUUCCCAGGCUCGAUUCAGUCUUGA